AUGAAGUUCCAGUAUACUGCUGCUGCUGCUGGUGGCCUAUUCUUGGCCGCUGGCACCUCUGGCCAAUCAACCAUUGCAAGUGGUGAAGGCUUUGGAACAUACUACUACGAUAUCCAACAAGUUGACGCUUGCGGCACCUCUUUCGAAUACCAGAACCAAGGUGGCGUCAUGUGCAACUCUCAGUCUCUCUUGUCCCUGGACCAGAUGAACACAAACUAUGUUGUCGCGAUGAACAACAGCGACAUUCGUGCCGAUCCCUCAAAGUACUGUGGCAAGAAGGUCGUCGUUACUGUUAACGGCCAGCAAUCUGAUAUGCCGCUCUUCAUUGGAGAUGGAUGCCAGCGCUGUGCUACUGGCUCUGCCUCUAGUGAUACCUGGGACGCACAGGGUGCUCCUGGUCUUGACUUCAGCUACAGUGUUCUUAACGAGCUGAGUGGAGGCAGUGCCUGUGAUGAUGGCCAUGUUGCCAUCUCAUGGGAGAUCUUGGAUGAGACGAUCUAUGACUUC